UUGAUCAUAUCCGUCUUCCCGCCAAAUUUUCCCACGCCCUGCCCAGGUCCCGUCCGUACGCCAAUCCGUGGAGGGAUAGAUAGCCGAGAUACCCCCACUACUAGCGCAAGCACUACUACUUCCCCCAUACCAGCCUUCCACUAUUCCGUGAAAAAGAAAAGCACUUCCUUAGUUUUUUCUUUAGGAGGAAGGAACCUCGAUCCCAGGUCUGAUGGCGACAUCUAGGGUUUAUACAGACCCAAUCCUAAGGCCUCGGCGUCUUCAGGCAGGCAUCAUCUCCAGAAUUCGACUAAGAGAUUUUAUGUGCCACUCUAAUCUCGAAAUCGAACUGGGAGAUUGGGUCAAUUUCAUCACUGGUCAGAACGGAAGUGGGAAGAGUGCGAUACUGACGGCUUUGUGCAUUGCAUUUGGAUGCCGAGCCAAAUCCACACAAAGGGCUACUACGAUGAAGGAUUUUAUAAAGACAGGAUGCAGCUCUGCAUCUAUCUGGGUGGAAAUAAAAAAUCAGGGAGAAGAUGCUUUCAAGCCAGAAACAUAUGGUGACAUGAUCAUUCUUGAGAGAAAGAUUUUGCAGUCAACUUCUACCACCAUUUUAAAGAGCUAUGAAGGCAAGAUAGUGGCUAGUAAAAGAGAGGAACUUGUUGAGCUUGUGGAGCAUUUCAAUAUUGAUGUUGAGAAUCCAUGUGUUAUAAUGAGUCAAGACAAAAGUAGAGAAUUUUUACAUUCCGGAAAUAACAAAGAUAAGUUUAAGUUUUUUUACAAGGCAACACUUCUUCAGCGACUGGGUGAUUUGUUAAAUAAUGUUGAAAACCAGUUGAACAAUGCUACUGUGUAUGUUGUUGAAAUGGAAAAGUCAUUAAGCCCAUUACAGAGGGAGCUUGAUGAGUUGGAGACCAAGAUUAAAAGCAUGGAAGAAGUGGAAGAAAUUUCCAAAGAGGUACAGCUUUUGAAGAAGAAACUGGCUUGGUCAUGGGUAUAUGAUGUUGACAGACAACUAAAAGAGCAAGCUAUAUUAAUUGAAAAGCUGAAGGAUAGAAUACCCAUUUGUCAAGCAAAGAUAGAUCAUCAGAAGCACAAGAUGGAUAAGUUGAACGAUCAGAUAAUCGAGAAGAGAGCUCAGAUUGGGCAUAUUAUGGAAAGGACAUCAGAAGUACGUAGAAUGAAGGAUGAUUUGCAGCACUCUAUUCACCUGGCCAUGAAAGAGAAGCUUGAGCUGGACGGCAAUUGUAAACGCAAAACCAGCCACAUUGAGAAAUUGGUUGAACAGGUCAAGUUGCUUGAGCGACAAAUUCAUGAAAUGCAGGAGCAGCAUAUAAAAGAUACUCAGGCUGAAGAGUUUGAAAUGAAGCAAAGAUUGAAGGAGAUUCAAGGUGAAAUUAGUGAGUUGAAGUUGAAGCUGCAAAGUUUGAAGGAUGAUGAGGAGUCCUUAUCAGUCACUGUAACCAAGCUGAAGGAUGAGAUAAAAAAUAUCGCUUCUCAGAUUGAAGAUCAUGAAAAGAAGCAUCAGGGUAUAUGUUCUCAAAUUCGUGGCCUCCAAGAGAAUCAAAAGAAUAAGGUUUCAGCUUUUGGAGGACAGAGGGUGAUAGCUCUUUUGCAAGUGAUUGAGAGGCAUCACCAUAAAUUCCGAAAGCCACCCAUUGGUCCGAUAGGUUCCCAUGUGACCUUGGAUAAUGGUAACAUGUGGGGCAUUGCUAUUGAGAAUGCUGUUGGAGGGUUGCUUAAUGCUUUCAUUGUAACAGAUCACAAAGAUUCUCUUCAGUUGAGAGCAUGCGCUAAGCAAGCAAACUACAACCAUCUUAGGAUCAUCAUAUAUGACUUUUCAAGACCAAGGUUGAAUAUCCCAAGUCACAUGCUUCCACAAACCAAACAUCCAACUGCAAUUUCUGUUUUACAUUCUGACAACGCUGUUGUGGUCAAUGUAUUGAUUGAUCUGCAGGGCAAUGCUGAGAGGCAAGUGCUUGUUAAGGACUACAAUGAUGGAAAAGCAGUUGCUUUUGAUCAAAGGGUUCCAAACUUGAAGGAGGUGUACACGUCUGAUGGAUUCAAAAUGUUCUCCCGUGGUCCAGCCCAGACAAUUCUUCCCCCAAAUAGGAAAUUGAGAGCUGUCCGCCUUUGUGGUUCAUAUGAAAAUCAAAUAAAGGAGCUUGAACGAGAUGCCUUAUAUAACGAACAAGAGGCUAAAGAAGGACGUGCUAUGAAAAGAAAUAGGGAGGAAGAACUUCACUCUCUUCAAGGCAACUUGGGAAGUGCAAAGAGGAAAUGUGAUCAAGUGGAGCGAUAUUUGAGGUCUAAGGAACUCAAACUGCAAGAUUUGAUGAAAUCAUAUGCAGCAGAUGCUUGUCCUGCCAGUACAUGUACCGCUGAUGAGCUUCAUCAUGAGAUUUCUAAAGUUCAAGAGGACAUACAAGAACAGGACGUUAUGCUUCAAAAGGUUCAGUUGAGAUUGAAAGAAUCAGAAGAUAAAGCUUCCAGUCUAAGGGCCUCAUUUGAAAAAUUAUGUGAAUCGGCAAAAGUGGAUAUUGAUGCGUUGGAAAAAGCAGAGGAUGAGCUACUGAAGAUUGAAAAAGAUAGGAAUGAAGCAGAAGCGAAGAAGAAACACUUUGAGGAAGUGAUGACUGCAAAAGUUAUUGUUGACCUAGAAGCAGCAAAAGCACAGUGCUCUGAAUUUGAGCACAACCGUAAGGAGAGUUGCAAAAAGGCUUCAAUUAUAUGUCCAGAGAGCGAGAUUGAAGCAUUAGGUGGCUGCUGUGAUAUGAACCCUGAGGAGCUAAGUGCUCAAUUAAAUAGGCUAAAUCAAAGACUCCAGCGUGAGAGCCAGAGAUUUCAAGAGUCCAUUGAAGACCUUAGAAUGUUAUACGAAAGAAAACAUCGUAGAAUCCGGAGGAAGGAGCAAAUUUUUAAAACACUUCAAGAUAAACUGAAAACAUGCAGAAGGGCCCUAGAUAUGCGGCAAAGCAAGUUCCAGAGGAAUGCCACUCUUGCAAAGCGCGAGCUGACAUGGAAAUUUAAUGCACACUUGGGGAAGAAAGGGAUUAGUGGCAAGGUUAUAGUUAGUUAUGAGCAAGAGACCCUCUCUGUGGAGGUAACAAUGCCCCAAGAUGCAUCAAAUAAGAGUGUUUGUGACACUAGAGGCCUCUCAGGUGGAGAACGGUCUUUUUCGACAUUAUGCUUUGCCCUUGCUCUACAUGAGAUGACAGAAGCUCCUUUUCGAGCAAUGGAUGAAUUUGAUAUAUUUAUGGAUGCAGUUAGCAGAAAAAUCAGCCUUGAUACUCUAGUGGAUUUUGCAUUGGCACAAGGAUCCCAAUGGAUAUUUAUCACCCCGCAUGAUAUAAGCAUGGUGAAACAGGAUCAGAGGAUUAAGAAGCAACAAAUGGCUGCUCCUCGAGCAUGAUACUUGGUUCAUCAUGCAGUUGGUGCCCUUUACUACAGCGUUUAUAUGGUUCAUCAUUCUUGAAUUGAGGGAGACAUCGACUUGUCAAACUGAAAAGUUUUCAAGAGAUCGACUGUUCAAAUUGACUGUAAAUUUUUGAAGACUUCUUGUAUGCGAUGCCAGCAUGCUCAUGCGCCCUCACUCACUCUCU